GUGACCUGUUUGUAUAUAUAUGAAUUGCCAUUGUACCUUUCGUGCACUUGGGCAGAUGAAAGAAAUAGUCUGGCGAUAGUUCAGGAAGAUUAGCGAUCGUAUGACUUACUGCCCGCAAUACUAAUACUGGUAGUUACCAUUGUAACGACAUCAUCAAGGAAUUUAGAGAUGUCAGUUAUAUGACAGCGUCAACACGGACCCAUAUGGAGGGCGUUGGACAUGUUUUCGCAGUUUUCCUUCUUCUCUUGAAGAACCCAGCAUCCUCUAUACUGCAAUUCAAGACCUCCCUAACAGGAACUAUCUUUGAGGGUUCCUCAACUCGUAUCAAUGUGGUGUGUCUGGGUUGUACAGAGGAGCCGGACGCGGGCAGGAUCCUAACAGUAAGAAAAGAACAGAUAACACCCCAGUUCCAGUGUGGGGGCUGUUUUGAUAUCUACACAAAACUUGACGGGUUGUCGGUCAACGAUUGGUGCAUUUUCUAUCUGCCGAGUCAAGGGAAACUUAACUACACGAUGGUUCAAGAAUACACGAUGACCGCCUCCUGCACUAAUGGUGUAGACACACCCAUCACAACUAGUGUGUUACUCAAAGUGUCGACAAAUGAACCGCCAAGGAUUGACAGUCUACAACAAACUUGUCCAACGCCAAUAGACGCUAAGUUAACGAACGCUGGCGACACCAUCUACAAUACGCUCCAUACAAGCAUAUCAGAUCCGGAUGGGGACAUAACCUACUGUUCCAUGACCACCAUACCUCCCUCGACAAACGUUGAGAUAGACCCUGUUACCUGCAUCAUUCGGGCGAAGAAGAACCUGGAGAUGGAAUGUCAUCCGUCCAUAACCUUCCUGGUGUCAGUCAACGACGGCACUAACCCCAACGUGGGGCCUAUAUCGAUCACGUGUGACAUCACCAAUUACCUCCCAGCACCGAUUGAUUCCAAAUUGAACCGGUCAAUAUCCGUGAGAGAGGAUCACCCAAAGGGAACUGUAAUGUACACCUUUGAUCCCCCAACAGUCAACCCUGCAGUCAUAUACGCCAUCAUUCACGUGACCCCUCCUCAAGCCCACAGCCUGUUUUCUGUUGAAAAUGGUCGAUCAUCUAUAACCUUGAAUGAAGAACUGGAUUACGAAAACCCACUUUUUGCCGAUAUCUACCUCAACAUAUCCGCCGACAAUGGCAACUGUGACUUGGUAUACCAGUAUCUAAACGUACGUCCCAUUGAGGUCAACGAACCACCUGUUCUCAGCCCGAAAGUCUACUACCAGCAGGUCAACGAGGAAUCGAUCUACGUGAACCCUGUCUUCCUGUGCGAGGACGAGGAUCGUGGAGACAGGUGCCAGUUCAGGAUUGUGGGUGGGAAUGACGAGGGCAGGUUCCAGAUCAACCGCGACACGGGGGAAAUAACUGCUCGCUACAACAUCGACAACAACGUACGAGAAUUAAAUUGGACCCUCAUCAUAGAAGCAGUUGACCUUCAGGGUUUAACGGACAACGCCACCGUCAACCUGAACAUCAGAGACAUCAACGACAACAGACCCUAUUUUACACAUGGAGGGGGAAUAGCGUACACAGUGACUGAAUGCACAGGCUUGGGGAUACUCCCUGUCAGGUUUGCUGCAUCAGAUGAUGACUCGGACUACAAAGGCAACAACAUCAUCACGUUUACCCCGGCUAGAAGCGACUGUAUACAAAUACACGCUGAUGGUACGGUGCACCUCCUGAAGACGUUGCUGCAGCCCGAGAGUUGCGUCCUGUCCACUCGUGCUGUGGACCAUGGGGAAUACCCAGGACCGUUGACGUCACAAAUCACUGCUACAGUCACUGUGACGUCAUCAGAUUGCCCUCCAACACCAGCACCUCCGACCACCGAGUAUGUGACUGAAGCGACUACAGUCACAACUGAGCCGCCGACGACGACAAGCACUGCCGUCAAUAACAAUGGCCCAGUGUUGCACCUUUUAGGCGGACCUCUUGCUCUUCUUUUGUUUUACAUGCUGUAGCAUGUUGAUUCUAACGUUAACAUUCUGUGUUCAGGAAUUGAUUUAUCGGCCACCACGAGAGCACCUUGUGUCAUCCAAACUUUAACUGAAUUAUCUUUGAUGUGUACUUAUUCCAAAUUGUCGCUUGCAUUUUGUUUUGUUGAACCAAUUUGUAAUGAGCUGUGAAUUGUUUGUAACAGAGCUCUCUAAUGUUUCUGGUUGGUUGGUUGGUUGGUUUGUUGCCGCAAUAUUCCAGAUACAUGACGGCGUUCUGUAAAUAAUCGAAUCUGGACCAGUAGUUAAUACCUUAAUCAUCGAUCCACGCAAUUGGGAUACGAUGACAUGCAUCAACCAAGUCAGCGAGUUUGACCACCCGCUAAUGUUUGUUACAGAGGUCUGAUAUGUACGUGACAGAGCACCGGUACCUUUGAUUUGUGACAGAGCUGUAUAUAUAGUCUGUUUGUGACAGAGCACUGAUAAGUAUAUUACAGAGCUCCGGUAUCUGUAAUUUGUGACAGAGUUGAAUGGUCUGUUUGUGACGGAGUUCCCAUUCCUUGUGACAGAGCUUAGGUACCCUUGUAAUAGAGCUAUAUGGUGACUUAAUGACAGAGCACGAUCAUGUUUGUAUCAGGGAUAAUGUCAUGCUUUGAUUUAUUGUCGUGACCUUCAGACAGAUAACGAUGGAUUCAGAAAUCCUGAAAGUAGUACUGUAUUACAUAUGACUGAAAAACACUACCUCUAUCUUUUACCUUUUCCAUGUUAUGCACACCUAUUUAUUAUUUGAACUUGUUUGCGUAGCCGAUCCUACUUCAGUGUGUCGGGCUGUGUUGGGCUACCGCUAUAUGUGUCCGCUUCCAGUCUUUAUUCACAUCCCACUGAACUCUGUCACCGUGAGUAUGAUACUUGGUUUUACAACCAUCAAACUUCUACGACCGGUGUUCAGAUGACAUGCCCUAGUAUGACUGGAGUGCUCAGAACGUCUUACAAACCCAAAAACUGUACCCACUAUCACCGUUACGUUUGUGUACCAUGGUGAUGGAGUCUGGACAUGAUACUUUUCAAAUGAAUAAAGAAGCUACAACUACCA